AGUCUCUGUUUCGGAGGCUUUGGGUCAUGAGGCCCCCAACCCUCCUCUUGCUGCUCUGGCCGACCCUGGUUAGGACCCAGCCCGGGGCGGGCUCCCACUCCCUGGUCUACUUCCACACCGCCGUGUCCCGGCCGGGCCGCGGGGAGCCCCGGUACCUCGAAGUCGGCUACGUGGACGACACCCAGUUCGAGCGGUUCGACAGCGACUCCAGGAGCCAGAGGGCGGAGCCGCGGGCGGGGUGGAUGGAGCUGGUGGAGCUGGAGGAGCCCGGCUACUGGGAGCUGAGCACCCGGAACGCGCGGGCCUCGGCGCGGGCGUCCCGCGUGAACCUGCAGACGUUCAUCGACUACUACAACCAGAGCCGCGACGGGUCUCAUACCUUCCAGGCCAUGUGGGGCUGUGAAAUGGGACCGGAUGGGCGCCUCCUUCUUGGCUAUUUCCAACAAGCCUACGACGGCACCGACUACAUCGCGCUGAACGAUGACCUGCGCUCCUGGACCUCCGCCGACCGGGCGGCGCAGAUCACCCAGCGCAAGUGGGAGGCGGCGGGCGAGGCUGAUGCCAUCAGGAGCCGACUGCAGGGCUUGUGCCUGCAGAUGCUCCAGAGAUUCCUGGAAAUGGGGAAGGAGACUCUGCAGCGCGCGGACCCGCCAAAGACACAUGUGACCCACCACCCCAUCUCUGACAAUAAGGUCAUCCUGAAGUGCUGGGCCCUCGGCUUCUACCCUGCGGAGAUCACCUUGACCUGGCUGCGUGAUGGGGAGGACCAGUCCCAGGACAUGGAGGUUGUGGAGACCAGGCCUGCAGGGGAUGGGACCUUCCAGAAGUGGGCGGCUGUGGCAGUGCCCGCUGGAGAGGAGCAGAGUUACACCUGCCAUGUGCGGCACGAGGGGCUGCCCGAGCCUGUGACCCUGAGUUGGGAGCCAGCUCCUCAGGCCACCAUCCCCAAUGUGGUCAUCAUUGUUGUCCUGUUCUUCCUUGGGGCUGUGAUCUGUGGAACUGUGGCUGCUGCAGCUGUGAUGUUCAGGAGGAAGCGCUCAGGUGGAAAAAGAGAGAUUUAUGCACUGGCUGCCACGUUAGGCGUGUGCCUUGUGAGGGACUGAGUGAUGCGAGAUUUGUUCCCACUCCCAUUUUGUGACUCAAGAACCUCUGCAAAGAUCACCUGAGUGUGUGUGUGCUCCUGUCAGCAUAAUGUGAGGCGGUGGGAAGCUGGCCCAUCCCUGCCCCCCACGCCCCUCCCCACACUUUUCUGUCCAGCAGAGGCGAGGCUGGGCCCUCCCCAUCCCAGUCUUCACUUCGUGGUGACUGAGCUGCAGCUUCUUACUGCUUUAUGGAACUAAAGGUCUGGAGGGGAAUUUGUUUUUUCACUUCUUGCCAUGAAGGGCUUAUGGAUUAAUUAAAGGACAAUAUCCUAAAAUUUGGGACAAAAUAAAUGGAAGAACCAAAAACUCCAGAA